UGUUGACAAAGCCUGGAAAGAACUGAGUAACAUCCUCUCGGGAAUAUUCUGUGCUUCUCUCAACUUCAUUGACUCGACCAAUACAGUCACUCCAACAGCGUCCUUCAAACCCCUGGGCUUAGCCAACGGGACAGAUCACCAUCUCCUGCGAUAUGCCGUCCUGCCCAGGGAGGUGGUCUGCACAGAGAACCUCACGCCUUGGAAGAAGCUGCUCCCAUGUGGCUCAAAGGCUGGACUUGCUGUGCUGCUGAAGGCCGAGCGCUUGUUCCACAGCAGCUACCACUCGCAGGCAGUGCACAUCCGCCCUGUCUGCAGGGAUGCCUCCUGCCUGGCUGUGUCCUGGGAGCUCAGACAGACCCUCACUGUGGUCUUUGACACCUUUUCCAGCGGCCAAGGAAAGAAAGACUGGUCCCUCUUUAAGAUGUUCUCUCGCACACUUACUGACGCGUGUCCUCUGGCAUCGCAGAGCAAAGUCUACGUCGACAUCUCCCCUAAGAACAAGGAAAAGGAAUUACUGGAAGUGACCCCCCCUCCAGUAUCUGUACACGAAGCUAUUGUCCAGGGAGACAAGAGAACCUAUGCCGUCUAUGACCUGCUGAGCCCCUCGCUCUUCAAUACAUCUCGCAGCCUCAACGUGCAGCUGAAGUGGAAGCGGCCCCAAGACAGCUCGGAACUGCCAACCCCCGUUCUCCAUGCUCAGCGCUACGUGAGUGGAUACGGGCUGCAGACCGGAGAGAUCAGCACUCUCAUCUACAAUACUCACCCGUACCGGGCCUUCCCCGUGAUCCUGCUGGAGACCGUGCCGUGGUAUCUGCGGUUCUACGUGCACACUCUGACUAUCAUCACGAAGGGGAAGGAAAACAAGCCAAGUUAUAUCCACUACCAGCCAGCCCAGGACCGGAGACGGCCUCACCUCUUGGAGAUGCUGAUCCAGCUGCCAGCCAACUCUGUCACCAAGAUCACAAUCCAGUUUGAGAGGGCCUUAUUAAAGUGGACAGAGUACACGCCUGACCCCAAUCACGGCUUUUACGUCAGUUCAUCUGUGCUUAGUGCCCUGGUGCCCAGCGUCAUUGCAAUGAAGGACACGGAUGUGGAGCAGAGCCCUCUCUUCACCUCGCUGUUUCCUUCCUCUGAUGGCUCCAGCUAUUUUGUGCGCCUGUACACGGAGCCGCUGCUGGUGAACUUGCCGACGCCAGACUUCAGCAUGCCCUAUAACGUCAUCUGCCUGACCUGCACCGUGGUGGCAGUGUGCUACGGCUCCUUUUACAACCUGCUGACCAGAACGUUUCACGUGGAAGAGCCGAGCCGGGGUGGGCUGGCCAAGAGGCUGGCCAACAUCAUUCGCAAAUUCAGGGGGGUGCCCCCCCUCUGAGAGAAACCCGGGCAGCCGGUACUGGCCUUGGGGCUCCGUGGGGAGACCCAGAGAGCAAAGCGCUGCUGCCUCUUGUCUUUGCUGGAAGCAGCCUGCUCCAUCUUGCUGCCUGGAUCUCUCUUCAGGAUCCAACGAGCUGAGAGAUCGCUUCCAUCGGGAAAUGGCUCUAAGCCCAUUGACUACUGAACUGCACUGCUGCGGGAUUGGGAAAGACUUCUGUCUGGGAGAGGGUAACAUGCUGGGAACGAUGCUGGAAGUAAACUUGACCUGUUUUGUA